AUGUCGUACCCUUCGCCGGGUGCUGAAGGCCUUGAUGCAGGCCCAUUCUAUCAUACAGCCACUCGCGAUGAGACUCAUGAGCAUGAGGAGCACCAGCAGACCCAUGGCCAGCAUGAUCCUACCCAGGUUCAUGCACAAGAGCAAGACCAUGGCCAGAUGCCCACCCACGAGCCGGCUUCUCCCCAGCAUCACAUCCAAAGGCCGCCCAACCUGGAAGAACUUCAGCUGGCCGCCCAGCUUGGACAAGGCUUAGCAGGAACCUCUCUCAUCCCAACCACUGAUCCCAGUAUGAACGUGGAAGAUCCGGGCAUGCGUAACAUUAUGCCACAUCCCGAGCCAGACCAGCACCAGACACCAUCGUAUGUCCACGAGGCACCGGCAUCAGAUCAUAUGGUGCCGCAUGCGCUCCCAGUUGCCGUGGGACCUCCGCUACCACCGUAUGCUAUGGGAGGAGACGGCAUCCCACCGAGAAAGCGAUCAAAGGUGUCGCGUGCUUGUGACGAGUGCCGGCGAAAGAAGAUCAAAUGCGACGCCCAAUCAGAUACCGGUGAUAGCCCCUGUUCCAGCUGUGCCCGGUCAUCUAUGCGAUGUCUGUUCAGCCGUGUUCCCCAAAAGCGCGGCCCAAGUAAGGGGUAUAUCAAAGAGCUAGCAGACAGGAUACACAGCAUCGAGAACAAGCUAGAGUCUGAAGGUAGCCUUACCCAGGACGAAAUUGACCGACUCUUGACACCAGGAAGCCAUCGAGCUUACAAUGGCUUAGCCCCCCCCGAGGACCCAGGUCGUAAGAGACCGUUCUCCAGCAUAUCAGCAACCGACUUCAACGCAACAGCUCCUCCUCGACAGGCACCAUGGGGACCAGAGUCGCGACCAAUAAUACCAUCCGCUACACCUUCGGACGGCUUUGCACCUCCAACGUUUGCUAAUAAUUCGCUGGCGCCUCCAUCUGCGGCAAUCAAGACGGACAGCGCGCCACCAAAGCCACCUGUGGCAGCAAUGGACUCACAGGUUGUGGAAACAGAGGAGGUACCAGAGAUUGACGAAGAUUCUCUACAUGACUAUCUUGCCCAUGUUCAAGCUAUAUAUCCCAUACUUCCCAGCAGCAAGGCAAGGAUUCAGUCUUUGCUGUCUCAAUGCCCGUCCACCGUGAGGACGGCGUUUAUCACAGCUCUUCAAGCAGUCGGGCAAUCAUCAGGAGACACACAAACUGCGAGUUCCCUUUUGCACGAGUGGGAGAGCAGCGAGGCGCCACACUCGCGUGCCACCGACAUUGUGCAUGCUCAAACGCUUCUUCUCCUGAUAAUCGACGCAGACUGGCGCGCCUCAUCCCAGUUACCGUUUCUCCUAGCCAGAGCAGUAGCGCUUGCGAACACGAUGAAGCUGUGGAAGUUUACGCCGAUCGAGUCUGCUUCAGAAUCAGACUCUGACGAUCAGCUGUGCGUGCGGAUCUGGUGGUCUCUCGUGCUGAUGGAUCGCUGGCACGCGGCUGGAACAGGAAAACCAGCGCAGAUCCCAGACAGCAGCGUUGUUGCGCCCGCUGGACUGGAGAACACCCUGGGCGAGGUGUGCUACUAUUUAAAUCGGUUAUCGAAGCUGCUAAAUAGGACUGCAUUUGUGAUUUCCACGAUGCAGCCGGGCACAUCUACCGCCGAACCUGCCAUGGCGGCCAUUCUUGCGGACUACAUUGAGAACUACCGUGAAGAUCUUCCAGGGCACAUCGAGGCUGCGUCGUACCCAUUGGUGCAUCUCGCAUACUGGCAUUGCAAGCUAUUGGUGACAUUAUUAACACCAGGGGCCACGCCAACUGAGACGCUGUGGCCGACGUCUGAGCUGGCCACCUUGCUGCUAGCAAAUGCGCAUCUCAGGAGCCCCUUUACGAACCAUUUCGUGUCCCUAGUCACCAUGUCGCUGUCCAAACUGUCCAAGAUGGACAGCUCCCGCGAAGGCGCUGUGCGGCUAAUGAAGGAGAUACUGGAGAAGCCUAGCGGAGGGCACUGGGACAGUGUCAGGGAGAAGCUAACCGAGCAGCUGCGGCCGACGUCGUCGGUGGAGGCUACUGCAAGCCAAGGGCUGCAGCAUCUGGCGGAUUUGGCGACGGCCCAUGAGGGCAUUGCGCCUGGCCCGGAUGACAUUACGUUUGGUCCCACGCUCGCGUCGGGCUAUCUCGAUGUUGCUUAG